AUGGAUAAGGACCAAAGACGUUAUAAAGUUAAACAUUCAAAUGAGUAUUCGCAAUAUGUGGAUGAGGAGAAAUUUAACUUAAUUGAAGGUUUAAAAUUAAUUUAUCAAGAAGGUCGUAGUCCGAAUUCUGAUACCGUCAAUGCUACACCUUCGGCAAACGCUCUUACAGCAUCGUAUGCAAUUUCAAAUCUUAUCGCGAAAAAUACCAAGCCGUUUUGUGAAGGGAAAUUUGUAAAAGAAUGCCUCAUCGCAGCAGUAGAGUCGUUUGGAAAUUCACUGACUCUUGAAGAAGCUGCUAGCAUUCCUUUAAGUGAUAAAACAGUAAAGUCCCGAAUUAUUGAUAUUGCUUCUUCCUUAGAAAGAAAAUUAAAAUCUCUAUUAGAAUCUUGUCGGUUCUUUUCUUUGUGUCUUGAUGAGAGCACCGAUAAUCGACAUAUAAGUCAAUUGAGUAUUUUUGCUCGAAUCGUGCAAAACGAUUUUUCGUAUGUCGAGGAGCUCUUAGAUUUUGUUCCACUACAUGAUACAACAACGGGUCUCGAUAUUUUUAAAGCUGUAAACCAAAGUCUUGAAAAAUUUGGCAUUGAUUUCUCUAAAUGUUCAGCUAUCGUCACUGAUGGCGCAAGAGCAAUGAUAGGUUCGAAAAAUGGAUUCUCCGGUCAAGUAAAGCAGCGAGGUUUUAAGUUCCCUGUCAUUCAUUGCAUAAUCCAUCAAGAAGCGUUAUGUGGGAAAGUUGUAAAACUAUGCACCGCAAUGCAAACCGUCACCAAAAUUAUUAAUACAAUUAAGGGCGGACACAAAUUCCUUUCACAUCGAAAGUUUCAACACUUUCUCGAGGAACAUAACGCAACUUAUACAGAUGUGCCUUUAUAUUGUGAAGUUCGGUGGCUCAGUGCAGGAAAAUGUUUACAAAAGUUCUUUGCUAUAAGAAAAGAGAUCUUCCUUUUCUUGCAAGACAAAUUUUCUGCAAAAUGUGAUGAAUUUGAAAAAUUUAAAAUAUUCUUCGAAGAUUUGGACUCGCUUUGCGAGCUUGCUUUUAUAACAGAUAUAACAAACCAUUUAAAUACUCUAAAUCUAAAGCUGCAAAAGACCGAUCAAACAAUUUCGCACCCACCGACCGAACCUUGGAAUCUCAAAGCUAUCCGUAGCCCAAAAAUUCCAACGUUACAAAUGGCGCCCGAACAGGGACUCGAAGAGUGA